AUGAAUAUCCGUUGUGCAAAACCAGAAGAUCUAAUGAAUAUGCAGCAUUGCAAUCUUUUAUGCCUGCCCGAGAACUACCAAAUGAAGUAUUACUUCUAUCACGGUCUGACAUGGCCUCAAUUGAGUUAUGUCGCCGAAGACGAUAAGGGGAAUAUUGUUGGCUAUGUGCUAGCCAAGAUGGAAGAGCCAGAACCGGGUGAGGAGAGCAAACAUGGACAUAUCACAUCGCUGGCAGUAAAGCGAUCCUAUCGUCGUUUAGGGCUAGCUCAGAAAUUGAUGAAUCAAGCCUCACAGGCAAUGGUUGAGUGUUUUGAUGCUCAAUACGUGUCAUUGCACGUAAGGAAGAGCAACAGAGCUGCUCUGAAUUUAUACACCAAUUCGUUGAAAUUUAAGAUUCUGGAAAUCGAACCGAAAUAUUAUGCCGAUGGUGAGGAUGCUUAUUCGAUGAGACGUGAUUUGGGUGAAAUUGCUAGGGAAUUACAUCCGGAGAAAGAGUUGGAUGGUGGAAGUAAGAUUGUGUUCAAAACGGCUGCUCCUCAUGACCAUAGCAUGCAUGAUGGACACUGUUGCUGAGACACAACACAAAAUUGGAGCUGAGGAGAAAGCGGUUUUUUUUUUUUUUAUAAAAAAAUAUUACUACAUGUAGUUUUAAGAGAUUUUUAAUUUUUAUGAUUUUCUUUUAUUUUGUAUAAAGAAAGAAAGCAUUUGCCGAAAAGAGAACAAAA